UAACAUAAAAAUUGCUAACAGGAUGUCUUCGAAUUUCUCCGAUGAAAACUCUCUUAAAUUCUUACAUCUUACCGUCAAUUCAGCUCAUCCAUUCUUACAUAAUUCACUAGUGCAAAAAAUUUUCCUCAAUCUGAUUAGCCUUCCGACACCCCUUUCUCCCCAAUCUGGGAGUUUGGUCUCUCUUGUUUCUAAUUUUUUUUUUGGCCCUCUGGGUUGGGAUUGAUUUGGGGUGUAUUAACUUUUCUUUUUUCACCCAAAAGAAUUUGAACAGGUGAGUUUGUAUCUGAAAUGGGUUUUCAGGUGUCAAGUUUUUACCUCGGUUAAAAUCAUUGAGGAAAAUUAUUUCUUGAUACAAAGGGAGAACCUGUAAGUCAUGGUUGGUUUUCUGUAUUAUUAGGAAUUUGUGAUUCUCUUCAUUGCAUUUGGCCUGGUCAGCUUUGGACAAGGAUGGGAAUAGUCGGCAACAAUGUCGAUGAUUCAAAUUAUAGUGAUAGCCCGAGGUCAAAUGCACAGGAAGAGAAGAUUCUCGUGUCCAUCAGAUUGAGGCCAUUGAAUGAGAGAGAAAUCACAAAUAAUGAUGUUUCUGAUUGGGAUUGCAUCAACAACACCACCAUUUUAUUCAAAAAUAGUGCCUCAGAGCGCACCAAUUCACCAACCGCCUACUCUUUUGACAGAGUAUUUGGAGGCGACUGCUCCACGAGGCAAGUAUAUGAGGAGGCGGCCAGAAGCGUCGCUCUUUCAGUUGUGAGCGGUAUCAACUCAAGUAUAUUCGCAUAUGGCCAAACAAGCAGUGGAAAAACUUAUACAAUGUCAGGGAUUACUGAGCAUACAAUAGCUGAUAUCUACGACUAUGUGGAAAAGGUUUUUUCCUCUCUUUAAUCUGACUUCUUGACUGUUUUUUCUAUCAUGUUAUUGACAGAAGUGUUCAAAAAUUUUAACACAGAACACUAGCAGACAAUUCAAGUUGAAAUUUUCUGCAAUGGAGAUUUACAAUGAAGCUGUGAGAGACCUGUUGAGCUCAGAUAACACUCCUUUAAGACUCCUGGAUGAUCCAGAGAGAGGGACAGUGGUUGAAAAAUUAACCGAGAUCACGCUAAAGGAUAGAAACCAUUUGAAAGAGCUCCUUUCUGUUUGUGAAGCUCAAAGAAAAAUUGGAGAGACCGCCCUAAAUGAAAUGAGCUCUAGAUCUCAUCAGAUUUUGCGUUUGACAGUGGAAAGUUCUCCUUGUGAAUAUAACCGUUUCGAGAAUUCAGCUAAUCUGACAGCUUCUGUGAAUUUCGUUGAUCUUGCUGGAAGCGAACGUGCCUCUCAAACCAUGUCAGCCGGUGCCCGGCUAAAGGAAGGUUGCCACAUUAAUCGCAGUUUACUUACCCUUGGGACAGUGAUACGCAAGCUAAGCAAAGGUAGAAAUGGACAUGUUCCAUACCGAGACUCAAAGUUGACACGAAUACUGCAGAACUCUUUGGGAGGCAAUGCAAGAACAGCCAUCAUAUGCACCAUGAGCCCGGCACAUUCUCACGUAGAGCAAUCAAGAAACACUCUAUUGUUUGCGAGCUGUGCCAAGAAUGUUUGCACUAAUGCACAUGUUAAUGUAAUGAUGUCAGAAAAGUCAUUAAUAAAGCAGUUGCAGAGGGAGUUAGCAAGACUUGAGAAUCAAUUGAAGAAUUUAGGAUCAAUCUCCAUGUCAGGUGAUUCUGAAGCUCUCAGGGAGAAGGAACUUCUCAUUGAAAAGAUGGAUAGAGAGAUCCGAGAGUUAACCCAGCAACGUGAUCAAGCUCAUUUUCGUCUUCAAAACCUGGCACCACCAGCUGGAGAGUAUCAAGGUUCAAAACAUUGGGAUGAGCAAAGCAGUGUUUCGGAGCUUCAUGAAAAAAUUGCAUGGUUUGAAGAAUAUCCAGCAUCUGAAGCAUCAGAGAUCAUUGAUCCUUUUCGCUUUGAUUCUGGAUCUAGCAAAUCUCAUUUCUCUGACAGAAGUGAAGGCCCAAAAUCGAACAACCAGAUUCCUGAGCCAUUUGAAGAACAAUUUCUCUCAGAUGAUACCUCCCCAAGAAUGGUUAUUGAGAAAUAUUUUGGACCAGAUCCAACACGAGGUUGGGAAAAGGCUGCGCAAGAAGUUGAUCUCAGCAUUGAAGACACUUGCAAGGAAGUCCAAUGCAUUGAAGUUGAAACAAGCGCGAAUAAGAUUAACUUGGAAUCUGCACCAUCUCAAGGAAACCAAAAUCCUCAAAGCCAGGAGAAUGUUAACACUCACCAUGAUGAAUCUGCUCUAUCUCAAGGAAAUGAAAAUCCUCAUAGCCCGGAGAAUGUUAACAUUCACCAUGAUGAAUCUGCACCAUCUCAAGGAAAUGAAAUUCCUCAAGGUCGGGAGAACAUUAACAUUCACCAUGACGAAUCAGCGCCAUCUCAAGGAAAUGAAAAUCCUCAAAGUCAGGAGAAUGUUAACAUUCACCAUGACGAAUCUGCGCCAUCUCAAGAAAAUGAAAAUCCUCAAGGUCGGGAGAAUGUUAACAUUCACCAUGACGAAUCUGCGCCAUCUCCAGGAAAUGAAAAUCCUCAAAGUCAGGAGACUGUUAACAUUCACCAUGAUGAAUCUUCACCAUCUCAAGGAAAUAAAGAUCCUCAAAGUCAGGAGAGUGUUAACAUUCACCAUGAGGAAUCUGCACCAUCUCCGGGAAAUGAAAAUCCGCAAAGUCAGGAGAAUUUUAACAUUCAUCAUGAUGAAUCUGCACCGUCUCAUGGAAAUGAAAAUCCUCAAAGUCAAGAAAACGUUAACAGUCUCCAUGAUGAAUCUGUGCCAUCUCAAGGGAAUGACAUUCCUGUAAUUCAGGAGAAUGUUACCAUUCACCAUGAUAAUGAAAUUUUGGAACCCACACUUGAAGAUACAGAAAAAACCAUCGAAUGUGUUGUUGAUGAAUAUGAACACCCUGAGCUGUCUCCUGGUUCAUCAGACUCAGAAUCACCCGACCCAAAGAUGGUUGAUCUCUCAAGGAGCAAAAGUUCUGGACCAGUCCUGACUACAACGCCACAAUCUCCCCCUGCUGAGAUGGACGAGGACGAUAUCACACCAUCUUUUGCACUGAAAGACUCUAUUAAAACUCUGGCAGCCAGUGAGCCAGAGCUUUCCAAGUUAGAAGAACAAGCUCUAGAUGAUAAAACCUCUCCGGAAGAUCAUCCAAAGGAGUCUCUUGAUAUUGUCCACUCCAAAGAUGGUAAACAACAAAUCAUCAUGUCAUUGGGACUCAAUGAUACGAUGGUCAAGUUCAGGAAUGAUCUCGUCCAGGAGGCUGAACUUUUACUAACCCCCAAAAAAUUGGAGAAAGAUUCAACACAAGUCUUGGACGGAGAGAAUGAUCUUCAGAAAUCUCCUUCCAACUGGCCGAUGGAAUUUGAGAAGCAAAGAGCAGAAAUAAUCCAGCUUUGGGAUGUUUGCAACAUAGCAUUAGCCCACAGGAGCUACUUCUAUCUUGUCUUUAAGGGUGACCCCAUGGACGCCAUAUACAUGGAGGUGGAGCUCAGACGGCUAUCCUAUCUCAAGAGUUCUCAAGGGACUAAUAUCUCAAGUAUGAAGGCAAUCAAACGAGAAAGAGAGACGCUGAGCAAACUGAUGCUUAAGAAGUUCUCAACCAAGGAAAGAGAAGCCCUUUUCCUAAAAUGGGGCAUUGACCUGAAAACCAAGAAAAGAAGGCUCCAAUUGUGCAGAAAACUCUGGACAGACACAAAAGACAUGGAACACAUCAAGGAAAGCGCUGCCCUGGUCGCGAAACUUGUCGGGUAUGUGGAGCUGAGCCAAGUCCCCAAGGAAAUUGUUGGACUCAGCUUCUCAACCCCACAAGUGAAUAUUAGGUCCUUCAGUUGGAAAAACAGCAUGCCGGCUCUCGUAUAACUGGAGGCAGCGCAGUACUACUACUACUACUACUACAUAUAAUUAGAUGGAAAUAAGAUAUACACAAAAUAAAAGGAUUAAAACUAUCCUAGUGAUCCUAGAUAGACUAAAUUAUUUGUGAAUAUGCUUAAGAUAUCAGAAGGAUUUUUUUCCCUGAUCAAGAGGACCUCAAGUAUACCAGAGAUAUUACACUUGACGGCUCAAAUAAUCAGUCUGACUCUUCUUUUACUGAUGUAUAUAGAAUAUGUAUAAGAUUCUUGCCUCUCGGGUGGCAGUUUACCAUACACAAGCCAUGUCCAAGCUUUGGAUAUUCAUAUUGAACUUACAUAUACAGAAUGAUUCCUCAGAAAUUCCCAUUGCACACGAAGAAAGAAUUAACUAUUUCUUUAUGUUCUCUUGAGCAAAUUGAGAAACUUAACCAGAAACUUUGCUUGAGAUGUAGCAUUAGUGCAUCAUGUGCUUUUGAAUUAUGACAGUAGCUCUUCCUGGAGACAGGGCUACAUCUGAAUUUCCUGAGCUAAUCUCAGACAGGAUAUCCAUGAAUGAUUGAUUAUACGCACAUUUGAAUGAUUUAUUCAGUUUCCUGCUUGAUGAAUUCCAUAAUGACUACAGAUUCCUUCAAUAAGAGAGAAUUGGAAGACAGCAACAGAAGAAAAGACAUUUAUAGUUCGAUAUAUACUAACACAUCUAAUGUCUUCAACAACAUUAACAAACAAAUGAAUAUGUUCAAACCAAGGAAACAUUGUAUUUUUUACAUGUUACUUACACGGAGCUAGGAGGCCAAUAAAAUUAUUAAAAACUACUAAUGUGAUGGAAACUGAACGAGAGAAAUCAGCCCUUUACCAUCUUAAGAUCCUCUUCUUUCCACAAUCAAUCGGUAAUUAUUAUCAAGCCUUCCCUUCAACUCUGGCAUAGGUGAAACCUACACAUGCAUCUACGAAAUCUUCGUCUAUGAAGUCUGUGGAGAGGAUCUGGAGACGAUCAGCACAACCCUUUGAACAACACUGGUUUAUGAACAGUCUAGCAAAUCCAUGAAUUCUGUUUGUAACCGGUUUGACGCACAAAACAGGAUUAUCAGCUUGUGGCGUUACAGUGUUCUCAACCCUGUAAAAGAAUUUCCGGGAUGUAACAGGCUGCUGCUGGCUCAAAUGCUUCAUGUUGCUCUCAAAUUUCGUAGAUGGCAAAUCAGUAUCAAUCCAGUUAUCUUUCAAGUAUCCAGCGCUCCAUAACGGCGAUCCGGGUUUCGGCUGCGGCGAUUUCCGGGGUUUCCACACGCAAAUCACUCUCUUAGGCAACAAAUCAGCGAUUGUUUUCCCGAAAACAGAGUCAUCCUGAUGAAUGAGGUAUUCCCCGAGCUGAUCCUCUAAAUACUUGUCGAAUUCAGGCGGAUCCUCGUGCCCGAAUUCUGUUCGGAUUUCGAGGAUUAUGAUCUCGGAUUGAGUUUCGGACAGGAACUUCUUGACGUCGUUGAUCACGACAUCGACACUGUAAGUCAGUAAAAUUCCAUGGCAGACUCUUCGAUCUUCCUGAACCCGGAUAUCCACAACCCGGGCACCUCUCACAAGCUGUUUGUAGAUUGAGAGAGAUUGGCAUUGGGCAAAAGGGCGAGAGAUGCAGGGGAUUCCAAUCUUGUUGGUUGCAGAAUCAUGGGUUCCGGGCCAAACGAUUUUGUUGAUGUGGAGUUUCCCAGGAUCAAGGCCUAACAUCCAGUUCUUCCUGUCUGUAGGAUGGUAAUCUGAACCAGGGAAGUCAAUUCCACUGCUCUGUUUCAGAUCAACCAAGGCUUUCUUUUCGGUUGAAAUUGCCUUUCUUCUUUCCACCUGUUUAGAUACUUGAGCACCCAUGGCCUAAUGAUCUUUUUUCUUUUACACAAGGAAAGGAACAAGAGAAGAAGAAGAUGAAGAGAGGACAGACAGAAUUGAAAGGUGUCUCUCCUUCCCCUUCUUCUCCAAUGAUUUAUCCUUUUUGUUUCUUGUUCCUGUGUUAAUGUGGGUUUUAUUGUAGUGUACAUUUUUGUGUUUUAUGUUAAUUAAACCAUAUUUACGAUGAAAAGAUGAACUUUUUGUCAUAAUUUCUU